AUGCGGGCCCGGUGCUUGUUCGGGUAUCUUUUCGUUCCCCAUCCUUUGCCGUCCUUACCCCCCACGCCCAACACGCUCACCACGGCCCCUACCUACGUAUACAUGCCGUGUUUUGUCGUCCUCCUUCCUUCUCCCGCCUUACCCCCACAUACCUUAACCGUUCUUAACCUGCCUGUAAAGUCGGCCGAUCCGUUACAGCAAGGGCUGGAUAAGCUUACAGCCGGUCUGAAGACCAACAAGUAUUACAGGGGCUUUCAGGCUAAGCUGAAGCAGCUGCAAAUGAUCCGGAUGCGCAACGAAGCUAAGAACCACGUGACGAAGCAAUCGGCCGACAAGAUGGCCAGUUACACUAAAAUGCGAACGGCCAUAAUGUGCGUCAUGAGGGGGAGGGACUCGAAGGGUAACCAGAUUGGCCAGGAUCAUGCCUUUGGCUUCUUUUACAUCCUCCUUUUCAAGAGAGACGACGGGGAUUUCGACGGUUACUACGGAGGCUUUGUCAAGCUCAAGGACCCUGAAAUCCCCAUUGCAGCCGUUAUCAACACAGGCUAUGAGGGAGAGGAUGGGUCUACAGUGAUCGAUUUCGGCGCCGAAGUCACCUGGAAAAACGCCUCCCGGUCCCAAAGCUUCGGGAUCAUCUCCUGGUUCCCGAAAUCCCCGGCUCCUCUCGGGUACAACUACUAUUUCGGGGGAAAGUGGGUCGGAAUGAGCGCGCUUACUGCUGCCGACGGGUCUGUUCUGUCCGAUGCGGUAUUGGCCAUUGCAAAGAAGACUCAGGCGCAUUAUGGCGCCGUGGCGAAUUCCAAUUUUCCCAGCGGUGCCGUUCGAGGCCAAUGCGGGAUCGACACGUCAGGGAAUUAA